GUUUUUAUCUUGCUUUGCUGGUUUUUGGGAUUUGAGGUUUGUCCAAAACACAAAAGCAUUCGAAAUGACCACGACGACGAUGACGACGAGGACACUCCACGUUGCGCUCCUCAUUUGCGACAUUCCUUUACCAACCAUCGUAUCCCAAUACGGAGACUACACCAAACUAUUUACAAACCUCCUGACCAAAGCCGCUAAAACCCACUCACCACCCAUUGACCUCCACAUUGAAUCCUUUAAUGUACUUGAAGGAGUGUACCCAAACGACCCGAGUGUGUUUAACGGGUAUAUUUUGACAGGAUCCAAGUUUUCGGCGUACGAUACACUUCCCUGGAUAUCCCAUCUAAAAGACUUUAUAAAAACACUGGAUGCGCAAACGAAUGCCAAAAUUAUUGGAGUUUGUUUUGGACAUCAAGUUAUUGUUGAGGCUUUAGGGGGUCGAGUGAUCAAGAAUCCAGCGGGAUGGGAAAUCGGAUGGACGAAUGUAAAUGUGAAUGAUUGUGGUGCGGCGUGUUUGAAUACGACCAAACAGUCCAUGAGAAUACAGCAAAUGCACCAGGACCAUGUAACGGUUUUACCAUCCCACUUUGAAACCAUCAUGUCGACACCCAAAUGUCCCAUCCAAGCAACUAUAAGCGGGAAUCGGUAUCUAACCAUUCAGGGACAUCCAGAGUUUACGCCAGGUGUCGUAAAAGAGAUUGUAAAGGCACGCAAAGCUUCUGGAGUGUUUAGUGAAGAAGUUGCGAAUGCAGUACUGGAAAAAGUCGAUAAUCCUGUGGAUGAUGAUUGGUUUGCAGGCAAGAUGAUUGGGUUUUUGUGUGGGACGGUCGGGAAGGAGUAGGUGGUUUCUUUUACAUCGUAUCGUGUGCACUGUAUUUUCUUUUUAUUUUGUUUUUAGAGGUGAGUGAGGUGAUGGAUAGUGAGUUUACUUUUGGGGAUGCCAAGUCGUCGGUGGACAUUGCAGUACAUAAUAGCCAUAAUAUUCUAUACAGUGAUAUUCUCCCAGAGCAAAGAGUAACUCCUUUACAUACAAAAAUAUAUUGGGGAGGAUCUCAGAAAACCCUACACAUCCUCCUCGGAC